GGUCUCCGAGGAGACGGCCGGAGGCGGGGCUGCCCAAGGAGACUCCGCGGCCAAGGAAGGAGAAAGAUCCCGGGAGCUGGAGGAGCCCCGCGGCGCGUGGAGUCUGCAGGUCCCCGAGCCCUUCCGGCCCGCAGGAGAGCUGGGUCUGGGCGCGCCACGCGGGCGGCGCCAGGGAGCGGCGGGCAGGCGCGGCCUAGUCAGUGCCUUGGCCAGAGACGCCCCGCGCCUCGCGACCACCGCAGAGGCCGUCGCCGCCGUCCCGCCGCCUCCACGCCCGGCUCCCGGCGCGGCGAUGGGCGCGGCCCCGUCUCUGCCCGGGCCCGCCCCUUCCCGCCCUGCAAACCCGCGAGACGCCGGGGGACCUUGGGCGUCCUGCAUACAGCAGCAGCUUUGGCGCUUCUCCGCGGUCCCACACCGAUAAGGUGAGCACAGCGACCUGAAGGAUGCACAAAACUUCAAAUACUUAAUUAUUAAGUGAAAGUGGAAAGGGGGAGGGGCUUUCUCGCCUUUCCAGAAUCUGGGCAGUUUCUUUGGAACCGGUGAAGAAACUCUUAGGAACUUGAGUUUUGAUGGAGGAACAUACAUGUGGAUGAAGAAGUCUUGGAACCCAUUGGAAAUGUCCAUCCAGUUGGGAGCUAUGAGUCUGAAAUGAACAGCAUAAUGUCUCCAGAAUUGCCAAAUGUUCCCUAAAGGUACAAAAUGGCAUAGUUGAGAACUACUGGUAUGGAGGCACUAUGGCAUGCCAUGCUCUAGGAAGCCCACAGAAAUGCAGCUCUGGGAACUAAAGCUGAAGAAACCCAGGAGGCCCAUUGGUAUCUUCUUGGAAGAGGAACCAGUGAGGUUACUCGGAGCAGUGACUGCCAUCUGGUGGUUAACUAGAAUUAUCACCUUGUGUAGCCUGACGGUUAAGCUGUCCACUCUUGACUCCCAUGGCAUGUGGUGGCAGCAGCGGACCAGUUGAAGGAUGUCUGAUUUUGAAGGGUGACCAGCUGAAGAUUGUCUGAUGAAGGAGCCUGGUGAAAUAACCCUUUGCUUCUACCUGAAUGGGUUUUCACUCCGGAUUCUGAGUCUGGAGCCAGCUCCAAAAUGGGGCCUCUGAAGAAAAGAUUGGAGUUCCUCUUGUGUUUUAGUCAGAGAUCUGCAUCCCUUACCAGUGGGUAACCAAGACUGAAUAAACACACACCAACAGGGGCAUGUAGUGACAUGGAGCCUGAAAUAAACUGCUCUGAAUUGUGUGACAGCUUUUCUGGCCAGGAGCUAGAUCGGAGACCCCUUCAUGAGCUCUGCAAGACAACAGUUACAUCUUCCCACCACAGCAGUAAGACCAUCUCUUCAUUAUCUCCUGUCCUCUUGGGUAUUGUUUGGACUUUUCUCAGCUGUGGACUUCUGCUGAUACUUUUCUUUCUUGCCUUUACAAUUCGCUGCAGGAAAAACAGGAUUGUGAAGAUGUCCAGUCCCAAUCUGAACAUUGUGACCUUACUGGGCAGUUGUCUGACUUACAGUAGUGCUUACCUCUUUGGGAUUCAAGAUGUGUUAGUGGGGAGCUCAAUGGAAACUCUCAUUCAGACAAGACUGUCCAUGCUGUGUGUUGGGACCUCCCUUGUGUUUGGCCCCAUUCUGGGAAAGAGCUGGCGACUCUACAAGGUGUUUACCCAAAGAGUCCCGGACAAGAGAGUGAUUAUUAAAGACCUGCAGUUGCUGGGGUUGGUGGCAGCCCUGGUGAUGGCUGAUGUGAUCCUGCUCAUGACAUGGGUGCUGACUGAUCCCAUCCAGUGCCUCCAGAUCCUCAGUGUCAGUAUGACGGUGACAGGGAGAGAUGUUUCCUGCACUUUAACCAGCACCCACUUCUGUGCUUCCCGUUAUUCCGAUGUUUGGAUUGCUCUCAUUUGGGGAUGCAAGGGCCUGCUCCUGCUGUAUGGUGCCUACCUGGCUGGCCUGACUGGCCAUGUCAGCUCCCCUCCUGUGAAUCAGUCCUUAACCAUCAUGGUAGGGGUCAACAUCCUCGUACUGGCUGCUGGGCUUCUUUUUAUAGUCACCAGAUACUUGCACUCCUGGCCCAACCUGGUCUUUGGACUCAUGUCUGGAGGGAUCUUUGUUUGCACAACUACAAUCAACUGCUUCAUCUUCAUUCCCCAGCUGAAGCAAUGGAAGGCAUUUGAAGAGGAAAACCAAACAAUCAGACACAUGGCGAAAUAUUUCAGCACUCCCAGCAAAAGCUUCCAUACCCAGUAUGGUGAAGAAGAGAACUGCCACCUGAGGGAAGAGAAAAGCUCCAUGGAGAGGCUUCUCACAGAAAAAAAUGCCGUGAUCGAAAGCCUGCAGGAACAAGUAAACAAAGCCAAAGAGAAGCUUGUGAGGCUGAUGUCAGGUGAGUGCACCUAUGACCUCCCAGACGGGGCUGCCCCACCUGCCUCUUCCCCAAGCAAGGACGUCCAGGCCAUAGCCUCGGUCCACAGCCUGGCAGCUACUCAGGGGCCUUCAGGACACCUCUUUGACUUUCAGAAUGAUCCCGGCAUGGUUGCCCAGGACUCCCAGUGCACCUCAGGGCCCUCCUCACAUUCGCAAAGACUUGACAGGCCUGGGAAGGACAUCAGCCCCUUCCCAGGGAAGGAGGAGAAGAUAUCUGACUUGAAAGACUUUUCUGAUCAUUUAGACUCAGGUUGUAGCCAGAAGCCAUGGACUGAGCAAAGGCUGGGUCCAGAAAGAGGAAACCAAGUCCCCAUGGCCCCCAGCCACAGUUUCCUACCAGGCAAAGGAGGCUCAGGUCCCCAGAGACAGAAGCAUCUGGAGAACUCAGAGGAGCCCCGAGAGUGGCAGUCAAAGGUCAAUUCAGUGAUCAGGGAGAAACUUCAGGAGGUAUUACAAGAUCUGGGCCUGGGCCCUGAGGCUUCCCUCCCCACUGCCCCCUCUUGUUGCCAGCACCCCUGGAGGAACAGUGCUGCCUUCAGCCCCCAAAAGAUGCCCCUCUCCAAGGAGCUGGGCUUCAGCCCUUACAUGGUGAGCAGAAGGCGGGCAGCUCAGCGGCCCCACUCACACUUUCCUGGCUCUGCUCCCUCAUCUAUGGGGCACCGGGCAAAAAGAACUGUUUCUGGGGUACACAGCAGGCUAUAUGUGGAGAAUGGGGACAGCCCCAGCCUGGCCCCACAAACUGCUCAUUCCAGAGUACGAAGACCUUCUUCCAGGAAGCCUUCACUACUUUCAGAUUCUGCAGGUACCCUGGAGGGCAGCAAACAAAGUCAGACAGAGCCAGAAGGGGCUAGAGGGAGUGAAGCAGUCUUUCUUCCCCAGCCUUCUGGUUCUAGCCAGGCACCAAGUCCUGCUGCCCCAGGCCUCUCCAAAGCCUCAUCUGACUUGCCUGAGCAGUGGCAGCUGAGGCCCCCAGUCCCCUCAGUCUGUCCCUCCCUGUCUUCUCAACACAGCUACUUUGACACUGAGUCCAGCAGCUCAGAUGAGUUCUUCUGCCGCUGCCACCGGCCCUACUGUGAAAUCUGCUUCCAGAGCUCUUUUGACUCUAGUGACAGUUGCACAUCAGACACUGACUCUGAGCCUACUGGGGGGCUGGCUUCCUGGGAAAAGCUGUGGGCCCACUCCAGCCCUAUUGUGAACUUCAAAGAUGACUUGAAACCCACACUGGUGUGAAAAGCAACAGAGCUGGUCUAGACACAGAGGUCAGGCCAGGAGAAGCUGUACCAAGGCCCAAAGGAGGAGAGCCAAUUUCUGGUCUUUGGGGAACAGAUUAGUGCCCUGCAUUUGACCAGCCCAAACCAUGUUUCAGCUAGGCUCACUGUGUUACUUUGAGCACUUCUUGAUCUAUAAAAAGAGGGGCAUUGCCUGUCCUGUUACUACCUCGCAGCCUUACUAUAAAAGACUCCAGAUGAGUGACUAUAAAAGAUAGUGACUCCUUGGAUAAAAGUUGCUGCAUGAACACAGGAUUUUCUGUCCAGGUCAGCCUGCAUUCUAUAAAACUCCUAAUAUAUUCAGAUAGAUGGCUGAAUUGACAGAUGAAGAAAUGGGAAAUUUCUGCAGAUCCUGAGGUGUAGACUGUCACCCAUCAAACUGGCGUUUCGGUGGACAGACCUACCAGGAAGAUAAAUCUCCUAUAUCCUUGGGCCUCCUACUCCUGGAAGGCAGUGAUUUUGUUUCUGCUGAAUGUUGUGAAUAGCACCUCCCUAGAUUCCAGCUUCUGGACAGACUCAGCUCAGAGCCACCCCCACACCACUAUUUCUUGUAUCUUUUCACCAUUAUUGGCACCUCACCCUCCUCUCUGAGACAGAUCUCCAGGUACCCACAGGCUACCCAGAUCUCUCUCCUGGGCUUGGAUAUACCUGAUUUCCUGACUGUCGCCACUGUCCCCUGGUCCUGUGGCCCAUCCUCUUGAUUCACCGAGUGGUGCAGUUUUGUACUGGCGGGGGACACACACCAGCAAUUUCUGUCAGGGUGUGGGAGAAUCUGUCGGUCAAGAGGUGCUUUUGGUUCCAUUGAGGUUACAUGAGUACCAACAGACACAUAAACCUGGAAACCAAAUGGGGAAAUAAAAAGGAAGGCAUGGGGCACAAGAAGACAGGAAAGAAAACAGGAUUUGAACAUUUAACUUGAGGCUAGCACACUACAUGGCAAUAUCCUAUUUCUGUGAUUCCUUUUGAUAACCCUGUGAAGUAGACACUCUCAUUUUUACAAACAGGGAUUAUGAAGCUUAGAGAAAUGAGAUGACUUCCCCCAACAUCACACUGCUGGACAGCUCCUGGGACUCGAGUAGGUGGAUUUUCCCAGGACAUAUGGCUUCACUCAUUCCUCUGGGAGUGGCAGGCGAGGCUUGGCAGAUGAGACAACAAAGCAAAGCUCGUGUAAAAAAGGCCGAGAUGUGCUCCCUCAGUCCAGAAUAAUAGACCUGUGUCCUCGCCUUGGGAAAUGGGCCUCCACUUCCCCACUGCCACAGAGCACACUGGCACCUCCCAAGGGAGCUGGGGAGCUGGUGAAGAAUGAGUGCCAGGAACUCAGCCACUACCAGAGCUGCAGGGAGAGCACAGCUGGGUCUGCUGUGCUUGUUGCUGAGCUGGCUGUCAUGUCCAGGCUGUCCUCUGCCCCAAGGCCUGUGUGUACAUCUAUUGGUGUGCACAUGUUUGCAUGAAGGAGUUCAACCCUUAUUAAAAUAUGCUCAGAAGGGG